CUACUACUUGCAUACCCGAUUGGGAAUCCUACGGGGGCUGCGUCAUAGCAAAAGACAAUGAUUUCAUUGAGAUUUUUCUAUAUGUAACUCCGGGCUCCCUUUCUUCGGAGCUUGUUCAGCUAAACCUCCGCUCGAACAGUCACAGAUAACGAAGCGACUCUCAAGUCUUAAGCAAAAGUCUGCUAGCAUUUUAUUGAAUUUAUCCAAAAAUCUCAUAUUUAUAAAGAUGCAUUUCUCGUCAGCAACCCCAAUCAUUCUCUCUAUUGCUCUAUCUCAAUCUGCCCUCGCCAACCAACAAUUUGACAUCCCUCCCAUCGCUACAUCAGCCAUCAAUAUCGCAAACUCAUAUGCCUCAGAAUAUUCCACAAUACCACCAGACGCAGCUUCACAGGUCAGUGCUGCCGAGUCACUUGCCUCGUCUUACGCCAGCUACGGCGAGAGCAUUGCCAGUUCGUACGAAAGCGAAUACGGCGGUAGUGGUUCUACCACCACCACUACUACUACUACCGGCUCCACUACGAGUUCAUCUACAGCCUCAUCUACCACCAGCUCAGCAUGGACUACGACUAGUACAACUACUAGCACAACAACGGGAGAUGACGGAUCUGUCGGCGUAACAACGCUCACUGGAACACAGACACAAACGCGCACCGUAUCGGUGUCAGCAAGUACUGCUGGGGCCGCCAACUUGAUAGCCUCAACUGGGACUUGGGGGUUGGGAGUCAGUGGUGCUGGUGUUGCUGGAAUCCUUGGAAUUGCGGGUGCUAUUGGCGGUUUAGCUGUUCUUCUUUGAGUGAUCCGUAUGA